CGCAACGGCAGGCAGAGUCUGUCGGUCUCUCAUGAAACGAACUGCGUCGACGAGUGUCUGUUACGCAUCGCGAGUAGAAAAAGAAAGGGAAACUCCACGCAAGUCACCAGGAGAUCUGUCACUCUUUGGGCAGGGUCUCGAAUGUAUCGUACCAGCAGCGCUCGUCUCGGAAUACCACCUCGAACAGUGUCUCUGCCUCGGGGUCAUCCGAUGGACCGCUGCAGACGGUGGAUGCAAGGCAAAAGAGGCAGAUGAGACAUGUGCGCGUUUCUUGGGAUGACUAACAGAUAAGUGAUGCAGCUCACCUGAAGACGUGAUCGAGUAUACUCUUCAGAUCGAUGGCCUUUGAGCCGGCCAUCAUGCCAACGGUAAAAAUGCUGGAAGAGGGGAGAGAGGGAAGGAUUCUCACGCAGGACACACGACACAGCUGCACUGUUACCUGGGGACUAGCGUCAGGAACAAUGCAUUGUAGCCUGUACGAGAACACACGAAGACACAGGAGGAGACAUAGCCGAAAGUCAUGCAGAACGAUUAGACUAUGGAGUACCAAGUUCGAGGCCCAUUCGGCUGAACUCGACGGCCCAUUCCAGCGCGACAAAAUGGCGGGCGUCUUCCUCGCUGAAGCCAUGACGCUGCUCAAGAAAGUGGACGACACUGCACAGAUCAGAAAAGAGCACAUGAAUGAGAGCCGACGCAUGAUUAACACUUUUGCCUUCAACGCACCCGUCAGUGCGGAGGGAGAACUCGGAGAAAGCAGCUCGCUUCUUGAAGAUGGAAGUAGCACUACUGACCACAGUGCCGAUGCCCGAAGGCAAAGGAUUCUGGAACAGAUAUCCGAGAGUCGUCAAGACCGAGCGUGAGGAGUUGGCGACUUUGAGGAUGCCAUCCUCAAUGCACGCCGUCCUGUCGGUAGCACAACGAUAUCCUGACGAGACAACACACAAUGCAGGUGACCGAGAGGGCACAAGGAUGCAGUAACGCCAAAGUGAGGACCGAGGGUGCACUCUAAAGGAAACUCUGGAGAGAAUACGACAGCAUGCCGUCAUUACAACAAAGCAGUGCAGCUCUGACUGUUACCGGGUGGGCACGAGUCCAUUUCCUGGCUCUUAACGCAGACGUCUCUUUGCUCCUUCUCCAUCUCUUUCCUCAGCCUUUCCACAGCAGCCGACAGAUUCUCGAUGAACAUUUUGGUGGCCUCUGACGGAUGGUGCGGCAGCUUCUCUGCCACAGACUCUACCUGCACAGACAGGACAGGUCGAUGACAGUAUUCACCCAAAUGGCAGCUGUGUUGCCUGGCUGGCCGAUCAUACGCACCCAGUCCGGCUUCCACUUGCACACGGCGAGCAGCCCUGCACACAUCCACCCCAGUCGGAGAGACAGACAGCAGACACGCAUCAUUUGCAGAGGAAGCCACCCACACCAUCAUGUACGCAAAUCGGCUGACCGGGACGGAUGGCGUCAGAGAAGCCAGGAAUGGUGAUAUUGAGGCCCUGGGCAUAGUGGUGGAGGGACGAGGCAGCGCCGCUAUGCAAUGCAGCACAGAUGUCGAUGGAUGCAUGUGCAUGUGAGCUUCGCAAGCUGAAUCGUAAGGCCAGAUGAGGUGGAAGGGACACGAGGACAACGGAAAGAAGAAAGCAGAGCUUCAUUAUGAUAGUCGAUCGGCGGCGCGUCUCUGCCCCCCACAGCCACCCCCAGUCUCCCCUCUUCAAGGUGGGCACAGUGAGGUAGCCGUUCUUCUUUGGAGCCUCUAGCGAGCGGCAUUUCGUGACGCUUCCCAU